AUGACAUAUCUAGUGAUACUGUUGUGUGCGUGCUGCGCUUUGGGCGCCGAGUUGGACACGGGUGCUGGUGGUGGCGGGAACGCGCGCGAGGAGAGGCUGCGGAGCGGGCUGAUAGACGCCUUCCAGAAUAUCAAGCAGGCGUCGGCCCGGGGCGAGGUGGACGACGGGCUCAGCUCCGACCUGGUCGGCUCGACGCUGCCGAACUCCAGUAGGAGUGGGAGACGCGAGGAGAGGCUGGACCUGCUCUCGGAGGACGAUGGCCUCACCUUCGCAGAAGCGUUCGGCGAUGUGGAGCCAGAGAGGCGCGCCCCCACCACGGAGAAGGCGCACAACGUCCAGCACAUAGUGAAGGCGACGAGGCAAGCCGAGAAGACCACCACAAAGUCGAACAAGGACGUCCUGUCCAAGCUCACCGAAUCAAUACGGAACACCGUGAACGAGUCCAAACAGCAGCUCAGGGCGGAGAGCAACCGCACGGAUUACGUCGGCAUGGAGCACAUGCUGAGGAUAAUCGACUCCGAGAUACUGGUCGACCAGUGGAGCGACAUCCAGAGGUCUGUUAGAGGAAUGUGCAGGGACGAGAUGCAGGGCUACGUCAACGGGCUGCUGCAAAGGAGGCUUUGGGCGAUGAAGAUGGAAGACGCCAGUGGGCGGUACACAUCCAUGUUCUACUGGGGCAACAACUACUGGACGGGCUCCGCCGAACUGUGUCAGGUUCUCAACGACCAACACGAAGCGAGCCCUGUCAAACUCAACAACAAGAGCGACGGUUCGAUCAUGGGCGCGUGGCGGGACGACGUCUCCAUAUCGGGCUCCGGGCCGCCCUUCGCCACCGCCUUCUACAAUGUACGAAUGCUGAUCACGACCGACCAGCAUGAGCUCGUGAAGACGCGCCGCACCCUGCACCUAGGACUCUGCCUACCACGCUCCUGCACCAGGGACCAGGUGGCAACCAUCGUGGACGCAGCACACUCGCCACUGCUCCGACACAAAGUGGUGGCUGUCCGCUCUCCGCAGCACGGUGGCUACUCCUACAUGACAGACCCAACGUUCCAAGUCUUGCUUGGCGUGUGCAGCGUCGUAGCAGUUUUACUGGUGGCCGCCACCGCCUACGACAUGCAGCUGGGACGGGCCGUCCGUAGGCGCAGACGCCGCGCGGCCAACAUGGCGGCCGACCCUAACGCCAGCGACCUCAAGCUGGACAUCAGCACCCUGGACGCCAUCACCCAUGCAGCUGGCAAGUCGAUGUACAACGUGAACAACAACGUCGCCAUCAACAGCAACACGUCGGAGGAGCGCCUCACCGCCGACACGGCCUCCACGGACGGCGAGAUCAAACUAAGCGUCUGGUCGGAGCUACUCCUGUCGUUCUCAAUGAAGGCGAACGUACUGCAGAUCCUGGACCAGUCGGUCGGGGCUGACACGGUGCCCGUGGUGCACGGGCUGCGCUCCCUCUCCAUGGUCUGGGUGAUAUUCGGCCACACUUGCAUCGUUGUGUUCAAGUAUGCCGACAAUACAGCACUUCGAGCUGUGCUCGAAAAGAGCUUCUGGUUCCAGCUGAUCAUAAGCGCGGUGUACAGCGUUGACACUUUCUUCUGUCUUGGUGGCAUGCUUGUAUCAUUCCUGUACUUCCGCACGAACGCAAAGGGCAAGCUGGACCUGCUGACCAAGGGUCGAAGAACCCUGACCUCGGGAGUUCUGCAGUUUCUCGGCCUCAUCGGCUAUAGAUUUGCAAGAUUGACGGCCCCGUACCUCUUCAUGCUGGGCGUGGUGGAGGUGACGAUGAAGUGGUUCGCGCACAACGCGGUCUUCGAGCCGCCCGCCCCCGACCACGAGACCUGCCCGCACUACUGGUGGCGGAACCUGCUCUACAUCAACACGCUAUUCCCCGUUGAGCAAAUGUGCAUGCUUUGGAGUUGGUACCUUUCCGAUGACACGCAGUUCUACGCAGUGAGCGCGAUCCUCCUUAUUUUGGCAACCAGCCACUUCAAGGCGUCCGUGGCGCUGACGGGCGCGCUGUUCCUGUCCUCGCUGGCCACCACGGGCUACGUGUCGUGGAGCAGCGAGCACGUGCCCAGCGGCGAGGACCCCUUCACGCAGUUCGACAAGAUCUACGACAAGCCGUGGACGCGCCUCGGGCCCUACCUCGUCGGCAUGGCCACCGGCUGGAUCCUGUUCAAGACCAACCUGAAGAUCAGGAUGAACAGGAUCUGGGCGUCGGUGGGGUGGGCGGUGUGCACGGCGACGCUGCUGUUCCUCAUCUUCGGGCUGUACCGCACUCAGCUGAGCGUGGGCGCGGCGGCCGUGUACAGCGCCCUCUCGCACUCGCUGUGGGCGGCCUGCGUCGGCUGGGUCAUAGUGGCGUGCUCAACGGGACACGGCGGCUGGGUCCGCCAUCUGCUGUCGGCGCCGAUCCUUUACCCGUUCUCUCGGGUGACGUACUGCGCGUAUCUGGUGCAUCCCGUCGUGCUGCGCUACGUGGCGAUGCACCUCACCCACCCCAUACACUUGGGGGAGCUGUUGGUGUUCGUACUGUUCCUGGGUCUGACUGCGAUGUCUUACUUCUUCGCUUUCCUGAUCUCCGUGGCCUUCGAGGCGCCAAUGGUCACGAUGCUGAAGAUCUUAGCGCCGCAAAAGAAGCCCCACAGGGUG